UGUCUGCAUAAAGUUGGCUUCGCUCGAGGUGCAGAUACUGUAAACACAGACAACAUUAUCAUGGCUUCCACUCUUCCACCCUACUUGUAGCAACUCGCUUUUACGGGCACAACCGCUCACCAAGCCAAGCGUCUAUUGGUCAAUUGUUUACAAGCAACCUUGUGAUUGGCCAAGAUGUGGUGUCGUCACAGUAACCCGGAACACAAUGCACUCACGAUGAAAAUUGUGUAAGUGACCCCUCUUGUCUGCUUAAAGAGAAAUUUUUGAAUGUAGCAAAUUGUACUAAAGUAGUGUUUUGUUUUUUUAACCAAGUGUACAGGUAUUUUAAUAGUUUUCAAUCAUGCCGACGUCUCCUGUUAAAACGCGAAUCCCGCUCACUAGUUUCGGCCACUUGAUAACAGAGGUGAAGAGGCAGCUGUUUGCCAUCGAGCCGCCAGCGUCGGUGGAGCUGACCGGUUUGAGAAAGUACUUUAACAGCUACUCACUGCAGGGGCGCAGAAAUUGCGUCUUGGCUACUUACGGCAUCAUGCUGGUAACAGCGACGGCCUUUUUCAUGCACAGACAAAACAAAAAAGAAGCUCCGAAGGACUGCACUGCCUGAGGGGGGGAAAAAAAAAAAGCAUAAUGAAGUUUGUGUACCAUUAUUUAUGAUGUGAGGAUAUUAUGUGACAUAAAUAAAAGUG